AUGGCUCCAGUGUUGGCAGCAGCAGACAUUUCCGUUGUGGCGCUGUAUUUUUUGCUGGUCUUGUCCAUCGGGUUAUUUUCCAUGUGGAAAGUCAGACACGGCACGGUCAGCGGGUACUUUCUUGCUGGACGUUCUAUGACUUGGGUAGCUGUCGGGGCUUCUCUGUUCGUUAGCAACAUCGGCAGCGAGCAUUUCAUUGGCUUGGCAGGGUCCGGGGCAGCGAGUGGGUACGCUGCAGGUGCCUAUGAAUUCAACGCGCUAGUGCUUCUGCAACUCUUGGGCUGGGUCUUUGUUCCAGUCUACAUCCAUUCACGGUUGUAUACCAUGCCAGAAUAUCUUUCAGUGCGCUAUGGGGGCAAGCGACUCAAAGUGUACUUUGCUGUUCUCACCCUAGCGCUCUACAUUUUUACCAAACUCUCGGUGGAUCUGUAUUCAGGUGCUCUCUUCAUUCAGGAGUCACUGGGCUGGAACAUCUACCUCUCCAUGAUCCUACUUAUAAGCAUGACAGCUCUGAUGACAGUCACUGGGGGGUUGACGGCUGUCAUCUACACGGACACCCUCCAGGCAGUCCUCAUGAUCGUUGGGUCUCUCUGCCUGAGCGUCUUCAGUGUUGUCAAAGUUGGAGGCCUGGAGGGUUUGCAGCAGAAGUACAUGGAGGCUAUUCCGAAUGUCACCGAAAUCCUGAGAACUAGCAACUUCACGUACACCAACACGUGCCGCAUUCAUCCCAAACCACAAGCGUUUAAGCUGCUGCGUGGCCCCUUAGACGAGGACAUUCCCUGGCCUGGCUUCCUCCUGGGGCAGACUCCCGCCUCCAUCUGGUACUGGUGUGCAGAUCAAGUUAUUGUGCAAAAGGUGUUAGCUGCCAAGAACAUUGCCCAUGCCAAGGGCGCUACUCUCAUGGCAGGGGUCCUGAAGGUGCUGCCCAUGUUUGCCAUUGUAAUCCCAGGCAUGAUUUCCCGAAUCCUCUUCACAGAUGAAAUUGUCUGCAUCAGCCCGGAACAUUGCAUGCAGGUGUGUGGUAGCCAGGCAGGCUGCUACAACGUCGCCUACCCACGGCUGGUCAUGAGCGUCAUGCCGACAGGCCUACGAGGACUGAUGAUGGCGGUUAUGAUCGCUGCCUUGAUGAGUGACCUGGACUCCAUCUUCAACAGUGCCAGCACCAUCUUUACACUUGACAUCUACAAAUUGGUGAGGAAGCGGGCAUCGCCCAGAGAACUGGUGAUGGCUGGCCGGCUUUUUGUUGUCUUAAUGGUGGCCUUCAGCGUAAUGUGGGUCCCUCUUAUUACUGAGAUGCAUGGGGGCCAGAUGUACCCAUACAUUCAAGAAGUAUCUGACUACCUCACCCCCUCCGUUGCUGCCCUUUUCCUGCUGGGGGUUUUCUGCACACGUUGUAAUGAGGCUGGUGCUUUCUGGGGAGGGGUUACUGGCUCCAUCUUGGGGAUUAUCCGCUUGAUUCUUGUGUUCAUCUACAGGGAACCGCCCUGCGAUCAGCUAGAUGACAGGCCUGCCUUCAUGGUAAAUGUUCAUUUUAUGUAUGUGGCAGCGGUACUGUUCUGGAGUUCAGGGUUUAUGGCCGUGGCGGUCAGCAUCUGCAGCCCUCCACCAAGCAGGGACCAAAUCCUCACCACCACCUUUUGGGGACUCUGUCAUGGGGAGCAGCGGCUCAUGAGAAAUGCAAAGAAAGUCCAGAAAAAUCUAGCUGUCUCCCAUAAAAGCAAUGGCAGCUACAGCAAUGAACGAUCCAUGGAUGUUCAGGAGGAAACGCGAAAAGAUGGGCCCGAUGCUGAGCUGCUUCCUUCUCCUUCCAUUGGCCCUGUGGCCUCAAGCAAAGCGAAAGCUGCACCUGCAGAGCAAUUUGAGAAUGGAAACGCAGGCCGAGUUGAUGAGCCCCGUGGAGAGGAGCACAGCCGCAGCGAGGAAACUCAAGCGUGCUGGAGGAUGACGGAGUGGUUCUGCAGAAACAAGAAGUCAAAGGCAAACGGUCAAGCAAAGACGGUGCAGGAGGAGAUCUUCACUGAGGAGAUGUUAUAUGAACCUCCAAAAACCAAACUAGCCCUGUACCUCGGGCUACUCUUCGUAUGCGCUCUGGCACUGUUCUUCUUUCUGUAUUUCUCUUUGUAG